AUGUCAAAGGCGUUUGCUGCUCGUCUGCUGAAGACGGACGGCUGCCGCUCUAAGCCCUUCCACUCGCCCUUUGCUGCUGCUGUGCUCAAGAAGUUCGGGUGGACUGAGAGGCCAAGAUACUCUGCAAGGGGAGUGGUGCAGCAGCAACGCAAAGAGACACAAGAAGAAACAGACGACGAAGACACUAGCGCCGCCAGCAGCAAGAAAGCCAAGAAGCAGCAGCAACAGCAGCAGCAGCAGCAGCAGCAGUGCCUCAUAGAGGAAGAGGCAGGGCCGCAGCAAAUAAAAAGCAAAAAAAGAAAAAGACGAAAGAGAGAAAGUGAAGUUGAAGACACAGAGGACCCGGCAGCAGCAGCAGCAGCAGCUGCUGCAGAUGCAGCAGCACAAGAGGAUGCAGCAGCAGAUGCAGCAGCAGAUGCUGCAGCAGCAGAUGCAGCGGCUGACGACGUGCGACCGAAGAAGACAAAGAAAAAGAAAAAACACCGGCAGCAGCAGGAGGAGGAGGAGCAGCAGCAGCAGGAGCAGCAGCAGCAGCAGCAGGAAGAGGAGUCACAGGUAGCAGAGUCUGAGGAAGCAGCAGCAAAGAGACGCAAAAAGGAAAAGAAACGUUUGGCAAGGCUCGCAGCGCAGCAGCAGCAAGAGGGCCAUGCUGCAGUAGCUGCAGCAGCUGCAGCAGAUGCAGCAGAUGCAGCAGCAACAGCAGCAGAUUUGUGA